AUGAACGCCCAGAUCGACAUCGCCGCCAUCGUCGCCAAGAUCGUCGAGAAGGCUCGCCUUCAAGAACAAUGGAUCGCACGACUUCAGAUUCUGAAGACGUGCGGCGACCGUGUUCAAGCCGACUUUGAUAAAUUGGUCUUCUAUGUGAGUUUUGAACGAAAUUUCCAGAAUGAAAGUUUCUUUUCAGUUCGACCUAACGCACAAGAUGAGGGGAAUCAAUAAUUUCACAAGCACCGACGCCGAAUGGAUGAUCGUGAGCUUUUCUUUUUAAUUUCUAUUUUUUACCUAAGCAGCGCCCAACUCCCAAACACUUGGAAGAUGUUUAUAGCUCCUAAAAGCCUCCAAAAUAACUUCAACUUCUUAGAAACCAUCUAAAAGUCUUCUAGCAUUCUCUAAAAACUUCCGAAAGUUUUUCAAAAAGAAAUUAGUUCAAUUUUGAGACAAUUGUAAGCUUUAGAAGACGUCAAAUAGUCUUUAAACCCACUUGAACUUCUUGAAGACGUCAGAAUCUUUUCCAGAAUCUCGCUCAGAAGAUCCUCACGACGCUGGACGACGACUUGGUGAUUCUGGAGAAGGAGAUCGGGGACCUGGACCUUCUCCACCGACAGACCGGCCAGGAGAUGAUCAAUGAGGUCCUGAAAAUGGCGCAUAAAGUUCGUUAUGAGUGCCUUCGCCUCUAUGAUGCUUUAUGCCAUUUUAAGCACAAUUGCGUGAGUUUUUAUAUCAUUGAACUAAGCUUUAAUGCAUUUUUGAAAGUUUGUCAUCAAAUACUUUUCAGAAAUACGAGAUGAUUUACGCAUUGAUGGUCAAGGAGCUCAAAGGCAACGUUGGAAGUCUUCAAUACGCCGUCUCCCAGGUUCCUGAGUUUGAAAAAAUUCGUCGUAAAAUCAGGUUUUAACUCAUCUAUUCAUUAUUAAUUCACCUAUACUCGUAUAAUAUGUUUUCAAUAUUAUUGAAUACCUCGAUCUCCUACUCGAAAUCUUCCUUUUUGAUUGUACCUCCUUCAGCUUCAAGUUAUUUGACCACUUUCAAAACUUCAUGUAUUCUGAUAAUUUCCUGACGGUUACCCAUUUUAUUACUGGUAAGACUUCCUCGUAUUUUUUCUAGGUCCAGAGCCAUAUUUGGAAAAAAUUCUUCAAUAAAUCAAUUUUUUUAACCAUUAUUAUUUAUUUACUUAUACUAUUAUAAUAUUUAUUUUUUUAUAUCCUUGAAAAACUCUCAAAUUCAAGUUAAUUUCUUUAUCCCGUGGACUUUAUCCUCACUUUUUUUCAAUCUUAAAUUUUCUGUGGGGACUUUUUUUGUUCUUGCACUUGAAUAGUUCUAUUAUAAUUGAAUAUUUGACUAGUUCUUAAUUCCCGAUGAACAGGUACUUUGAUUAUUUUAUCACGGCUCCCCCCUUUAUUCGGAUCAGUUAGCUCCUAUUUGAUUGUUUUUUUUCGAAUUCCAUUGUACAUAUUAUGAUUUAUUUAAAAUAUUGAUAAACGGACUUUUUAAAAUUGUCAAAAAAAAUCGGUACAUUAAAAAAAGUUGAAAACCCAUGGGUUUGGUUUCUCCCGACAGGGGUCUUGGAAAGGUUGAAACUUUUAUUCAGUCUUCAGAGAAGGUUCUGUGCUGAAUCGUGGAAUAAUUGAAGAAUUGGUUCGCAAAACUGUCGUUGAUCAAGCGGAGACGGCUUGGAAAGGUUCUUCUUCUUCUUCUUCUUCUUACGCCUUUGUACCGCUUGAGUGGCGUCGGCGCCCCAAGUCGAUUAGCCGAGGUCCUAUCCUGAUAUCAGUGGACUGGCUCGAGUGA